CGCCUGAAGAAUGAGCUGCUGGAGAUCCGGCGCAAGGGAGCCAAGCGGGGCAGCCAGCGCUACAGCGAGCGGACCUGUGCCCGCUGCCAGCAGAGCCUGGGCCGCAUCAGCCCCAAGGCCAACACCUGCAGGGGCUGCAACCACUUGGUGUGCCGGGACUGCCGUUCCUACAGCCCCAACAGCUCCUGGCGCUGCAAAGUCUGCUCCAAGGAAGCUGAGCUGAAGAAGACAACAGGUGACUGGUUCUAUGACCAGCGGGUCAACCGUUUUGCCAACCGGCUGGGCAGCGACAUGGUGCGCUUAUCCCUGCGGCACCGGCCGGCAGCCAGCAAAAGAGAGACUGUGGGACAAACCCUCCUCCAGAAAGCCCAGCUUGGCGAACCCAAAAGCUCCCCCACGGCCCGGCGGCAGAGCCCUCCGGCACCCCGGGAGGUGCCCAGUUUGUUUCUGGAUGCCUCAGACCAUCGAGAUGGCAAAAGCGACACAGAGUCCAUGGAAAACAUGAGCCUGGAUGGCUACAGACCUAGUCCUGGUGGCAUGGGGGGCAGUGCCUCCAGCCUGACCCUGCCUCUCCGCUCCAAAACCGCGUUUUCCGAUGGACGGGAUGCCACCGUGGGGAGCCGCAGCAGCACCUUGGUGGAUGAACACGAUACGAUAUUCAAGAAGAACCCCCGGCGGGUGUUGAGGCCUGCAGGUGAGAGCUGUGUUGUGAUUGACCUGCGCCCGGAGGACUUCGUGGGGGAAGGCAGCUCUUUGGGGGACAGGAGCAAGUCGGUGCCUGGCCUCAACAUGGAGCUGGAGGAGGAGGAGGAGGACAUUGAUAAUCUGGUAGAGAUCCAUCUGCAGUAUGAGAUUAACAAGUCCCUCUUGCUUGCGAGGACGCUGCAGUUCUCGGUCUGGCACCACGAUCGCUUUGGCCGCAACACGUUCCUGGGAGAGGUGGAGGUCCCACUGGGCUCCUGGAACUUCGAGAGCAACCUGGAGGAGUUUCUGCCCCUGCACGGCAAGAUCGGGUCAGAUGCUGCUGGUCUUCUUCAGUACAAGGGAGAGCUGGUUGUCUCCAUGAAGUAUAUCCCAUCUUCCAAGCACCCCGGGGCUGGGAGUAGCAGGAAGGGCAAAACAGGGGAAGGUGGGGAGCUCCAGGUCUGGAUCAAAGAAGCCAAGAACCUCACAGCUGCCAAAUCCGGAGGAACUUCGGACAGCUUUGUCAAGGGCUACCUCCUGCCACACAAAAACAAAGCCUCCAAGAGGAAGACACCUGUGGUGAAGAAGACUCUGAACCCUCAUUACAACCACACGUUUGUCUACAAUGGCGUCAACCCCGAGGACCUGCAGCACAUCUGCCUGGAGCUGACGGUCUGGGAUCGAGAACCACUGUCCAGCAAUGACUUCCUUGGGGGUGUCCGUCUGGGGGUGGGCAAUGGCAUGAGCAACGGGCAGCCUGUAGACUGGAUGGAUUCCAUGGGCGAGGAGCUGAACCUGUGGCAGAAGAUGUGCCAGUACCCAGGCUCAUGGGCAGAGGGGACGCUCCAGCUCCGCUCCACAAUGGCCAAGCUGAGGCCGUAG